UCUUGUUACCCUUCACAUCCCUCACUAGCUGCAACUCCAGUUGCACUUUGGCCUUCCUUACUUUGCUGCAGCUUCAAGCCAUUGGUCCAUGUUCUGCUCUUUGCAAGAUGAGAAAAGGUAUUUCCCUAUGUCUUAUGGGAGGUCUUCAGAUAUUUUAAGAUGGUUAUCAUGUUCCCUCUUAAUCGCCAGCAACUUUCCUCAGAGCCUUAGUUCCCACAACCAGCCCACUGGACUCAAUCUCAUCAAGCCCUAUCUGCCCAGUGCAAUCUUCUGAAUUCAGUCCACCGAUUCCCAAUCUGCUAACUGGACCAGGUAGUGUCCCUGAGCCUCUGGUGUUCUAAUUUUCCACCAUUAUUCAUUUACCCAUCUCUGCUGCUGCUGUUGCCUCUGCUAAUGCAUUGAAAGCUAUGGAGCACAAAGUGCACAGAGCUGCUUUUAGAAGAGAUCUUGGUUCAAGUUUGUUAAUCAGUCAGCAUGGUGCCUAAGAUCUGUACAGCUUCUGUUUUUCCACCACCGUGACCUGAAUACACUUAACCUUCAUGAUAUGACUGAAAUUGCUCCCAAUCCUAGGUUUUUUUUCAUUCCCUGUGCUUCAGGCAUUCUCUUCUUUUCUACCCCCUCCAUAAAAUUGCUGGAUCUCUGACCAGGUGCACUGGAAGGAUUUUACAGUUUCCACUGAAGUGUCCAGCAUCCAGAUGUACCAACUAGUGAUCUGGUGCAGUGUGGGGAUACCAGACUGCAUGUGUUCUUAUACCACUGGGGUGAAUUAAUGGUAGAGACCCUGGGCUAGCAAACAGGAGCUGGGAUACUCUGCUGUGCCAGGUGGUGGGAUGCCCUUGGCUGCAGGGUAUGUGUAGGCUAUCAAAAUAUGUGGACAUUUAGGCUGAUCUGGGAUGAUGAUACCUGCACAUUUUUCAGGGUUUUGCUGGCCCAUGCUUAAUGCUCCAGACCCAUCCAGACCCUUUCCUGUAUCCUCUAGGACUCUGUAGGGUUGGUGCUGUGGCAGGAGCAGGGAUGGGUUUUCUCUGGCGGGGAUAUUCAUUCUCCAGCCCAGUGGGGUUCCAUACAGAUCCUCAUAUUUUGCUUUGGGUUGUGCAGGUUCAAACACAUGCAGAUUCGUGUCAAUGCAGAGCCAGCAGCUUUCUACAGUUUUCUGUAGACAAAGAAACAAGUGAAAACAAAGAGCUGGCAUUUUACAACAGGUGCCUUUGAUCUGAAGAUGGGUGCCUUGAGCUCCAAAUGUUGAGAACCACUGAGUUUGGAUGUUCUGGAUAUAUACAGCCUGUGUUCAAAAAAGCUGGGCGGGUGGAGCACAUGCGCACAGACCGCAGGCUACAGAGCCUCCUGCAGACACAGAGGGAGCUGAUGGGCAAGGAGCUGUGGUUGUACAUUGGGAUCAACACCUUUGACUAUCUGGGGAGCAUCCUGAGCUACGUGGUGAUUGCCAUUCCUAUCUUCAGUGGUGUCUAUGGAGACCUGACUCCAACAGAACUGAGCAGCCUGGUCAGCAAGAACGCCUUUGUCUCCAUCUACCUCAUCAGCUGCUUCAGCCAGCUCAUUGACCUCUCCACCACUGUGUCUGAUGUGGCUGGCUACACGCACAGGAUUGGGGAGCUGCAGGAGACCCUGCUAAAUCUCUCUAGGCAAUGGAAGGAUCACUAUUUGGAAGCCAAAACCAGCUGGGACUUGGACAAGUGGGGCUUGGACAGCAGCAGAUCUGAAGAGGAGAUGGUGCCAGAGGAUACAGCUUUCCUCCUGGAGAGGGUUACGCUUGCAGUCCCAUCCUCAGGCAAGCUGCUCAUCAAAGACCUCAACUUAAAGAUCUCGCAAGGGAACAACCUGCUGAUCGUGGGGAACACUGGCACAGGGAAGACGUCUUUCCUCAGGGUCCUUAGUGGCCUUUGGGAAAGCACUCAGGGGAGUGUCUCCAUGUUGACAUGCUUUGGCCCCCAUGGGGUGGUGUUCCUGCCGCAGAGGCCUUUCUUCACUGAUGGAACCCUGAGGGAGCAGGUGAUUUAUCCUUUGAAGGAGAUUUAUCCGCUUUCGGGGUCUGCAGAUGAUGAGAGAAUCCUGAGGUUCCUGGAGCUGGCUGGGCUGUCUGACUUGCUGGCAAGGACAGGAGGUCUGGACCAGCAGGUGGAUUGGAACUGGUAUGAUAUCCUGUCCCCAGGGGAGAUGCAGAGACUCUCAUUCACCCGACUCUUCUAUCUCCAGCCCAGAUAUGCAGUGUUGGAUGAAGCCACCAGUGCCCUAACAGAAGAGGUGGAGCAUGAGCUAUACCAUACAUGCAUUCAUUUGGGCAUGACCCUGAUCAGCGUGGGACAUCGAACCAGCCUGGAAAGGUUUCACAGCUGGAUCUUGAGACUCUGUGGAGGAGGAAGGUGGGAGCUAACAAAAAAUGAGAGCACAAAGUGUCUCUUAGCCAACAAGGGAUGCUGACAAAAUGCCAAAGCUUCCAGUGGCUCCCUUCCUGAGGAGAAGCAGAAACAACUUGCCUUUCAGCAGAUAACCUGCUUGGUAGGUGUGGAAAUGCUGAGCUAGUGAGUCCUCGCUAGGGAGGAUGAAGGCUUCUAGAAAUUUCCUGAAGGAGCCAGGGCUGAGUUUUCUGCUUUGUCCAAACUGCUUCUGGUGUGGAGCUCACAGGAGAGGAGACUACUGCCUCAAGUCUUCUCCUGCAAUUGGAUUCCCAUAUCUUGCCUGCCAGUGUGGGUAGGGAAGGAACCCAGUUUGUUUCCUUUGAGAGGAACAACUCAGGACCCUCACCCACUAGGUCCAUGGUGACAAAGCAGAUGGCAGUCUCUGGUGCUGCAUGGAGGCAGUUCACAGUACUUUCUGCUCUGGGCUGGCCCAAAGGGAUCACAACCUUUGCUGAACCUCUUUAUCUGGACCUGAGGAAUGAGCUCUGUGCCAGAUGUGGUUCCAGCCUCCCUUCCUGGAUAGGCAGCUCUGUAGGGCAGGGCUCAUUGUCACUGCUAAACCAGCAGUUGGUUAUCCCAGUGGAAGCGUAAAGAAAACAACUGUGCAUUUUUCUUCAGUACUGAAGCCAUGUCACAAGUCAAUUGAAAUACUUUGUAUUAAAAUCUUAGUAGCCCAA